AUGCAUGCACUACGAAACGUGUUUCAGCACCGAACCGAAGAGAGUAUCCGGAAGCGGUUACAACAUCUGGGUUGGAACUAUGUGGACCAUCGCAACUGUGAAAAAUCUUCUAUAUCAACUCAGCUUAUAUCGGAUCCUGUACAAAUUGAAACAACCCGACACACUAACACCCCUCCAUCGCCAUUGUUAUCUUCCAACUCUGAGGAGUUCCCACGCCUAACUCCUCAAUCGAUCCAACCUAUAAGCACCAUUCAAAAUGCAUACAUUGAGCUUUCACCAUCCGCCGAAACGAAUGCAAACAUUGAUUUUGACCCACCUCUAGAUCUCCCCACUGAUACUGUGAAUCCCAGAAGUCAUGAGGUUGAAUCUGAUUACACUUCAUACAAGAGCGCGCCUUCAUCUUCAUCCUCGGACCCAACAUCAUUAAUACCAAUGUCCGACAGCCAGUUACCCAUACAUUUAGUACCAUACGUCACGGAUAAAUCCUCACCAGAAAUGUCUGUAUCUACGUUUUCAACAAUCCUAGAUCACUCAUCACCUCGUACCGCACCACUCUCUCCCUGCGACAGAUCCUCUGCCGACGCAACUUCAGGUCCGUCUAAUCAAGUUGCCGUUCAAACUGAGCCUAUCACAUGCUGCAGGUGUCAUGAAACGGACAACAGGGUUAUGCACACAUUGCACGCUGUAGCAGAUGAACUUCGCAUGCGGGAGCAAGACCGCAAUAUGCUAAGCAGCGUACUUGAUUCUCUUAGGCGCAAGACGCAUACAUUUAGUGCGCUUCAAGAAAUCACCAUUAACCAGUUCGGGUGCACGGGCAACGCCGUUGCGAACUGUGUUUGCAAAUGGCUACAAAUUACCCGGAGCAACCUGCACCGACGUACAUCUGCAACAUCUAGCAGUCUAGAUUCCCAGGCUUUGGAAGUUAUAGAUUUGGACGGUCAAUGCAUCCAGGAACCACCAACAACCAUGUAA